UUUUUAAUUAUUCUUUUUUUUAUUUCUGCUGAAAAGAAGUUUGGAAAAAGUAAUGUGCAAACAUAAUUAUUUGAAAGCACUCCAUGUUAAUUUGACAUCAAAACAUCCUCGAAGGACGCACAUUUAUUAAUCGUUCACACCGUGACUCUUGGGUAACCUGUUCAUGAAUUUUGCCGCCAUGGUUUCCCCGCUUGGCUUUCGACGACUUCGUCCGGUGCGACUCUGUAGCCAUCAUUUAUUUACGUGAGCGCGGAGAUCGUUUUCACCGUCCACCAUAGGGUGAUCACUAUUUAGCGUCUCUGCGAACCCGAGUCCUGCAACUCAACGGCAUCGUGCUCAGGAAAAGUAGCAAGAAAUGGAUUUAAAGAGACGAUUUGUGAAGUGGGAGAACAAUUUUAAGGGAAAAUUAUCUGAAAACCCACAGGACCAAGUCGUCAGGCUGGCCACCCCCUUCAGGGACGUGGGGUACCUCGCAGGGACCCCCCAAUGGAUGGGACAUGGGCGCCAAUAGAGAGGGGCGUGACUGCUACAUCAACCAAUUCAGCCAGAGCAACUCCUUGGAAGAGGUUCGCCUAGAUGGAGACAAGUUUGUGCCACCAGCACCCCGGAAGGUGGAGAUGAGACGAGACCCGGUACUUGGCUUUGGAUUUGUGGCAGGCAGUGAGAAACCUGUGGUGGUCCGCUCAGUCACACCAGGGGGUCCAUCGGAAGGCAAGCUCAUCCCCGGGGACGAGAUCAUCAUGAUCAAUGAUGAGCCAGUCAGUUCCGCACCCAGGGAGAGGGUUAUUGACCUUGUCAGGAGCUGCAAGGAGUCCAUCUUGUUGACUGUUGUUCAGCCAUACCCGUCACCCAAGUCUGCGUUCAUCAGUGCAGCCAAAAAGGCCAAGUUAAAGACAAACCCCGUCAAAGUCCGUUUCGCCGAAGAAGUCAUUAUCAAUGGCCAGGUUCCUGAAACUGUGAAGGACAACUCACUUCUUUUCAUGCCAAAUGUUCUAAAGGUCUACCUGGAGAAUGGUCAGACUAAAUCAUUUAAAUUUGACAGCAACACAUCUAUUAAGGAUGUCAUCUUGACGCUACAAGAGAAGCUAUCCAUAAAGAGCAUCGAACAUUUCUCUCUGAUUCUGGAGCAUAGAGCUGAAGGAUCGGCCAGUAAACUGAUGCUUCUGCAUGAGCAAGAGAUGCUGACUCAGGUGACAAAGAGGCCGGGGUCACACAAGAUGAAGUGUUUUUUUCGCAUCACUUUUGUCCCAAAGGACCCAUUAGAGCUGCUAAGGAGAGACGCGAUAGCAUUUGAGUACCUCUACGUCCAGAGCUGUAACGACGUGGUACUGGAGCGAUUUGGGUCAGAGCUGAAAUAUGACACCGCCCUCCGUCUGGCUGCCCUGCAAAUGUAUAUUCUAACCAUCAACACCAAGCAAUCUCAGAAAGUCUCCCUCAAGUAUAUUGAGAAGGAGUGGGGGCUGGCCUUGUUCCUGCCUCCUGCGGUGUUGUCCAGCAUGAAAGAGAAGAACAUCAAAAAAGCCCUCAGUCACAUCCUCAAAACCAACCAGAAUCUGGUUCCACCUGGUAAAAAGCUGACCGCCUUGCAGGCUAAGGUCCAUUAUCUGAAGUAUCUGAGCGACUUGAGGCUUUACGGAGGUCGAGUGUUUAAGUCUACACUUAUUCAAGGUGAGAAGCAUACUGAAGUGACCUUGCUGGUUGGUCCUAAAUAUGGCAUCAGCCAUGUGAUUAACACCAAAACCAACCUAGUGGCACUUCUGGCUGAUUUCAGCCAUGUCAAUCGCAUCGAGAUGUACGCAGAAGAUGAAAACAAAGUUCGAGUGGACCUCCAUGUUCUGGAUGUUAAGCCCAUCACUCUUUUAAUGGAAUCCGUUGAUGCAAUGAAUCUGGCGUGUCUUACUGCUGGAUAUUAUAGAUUACUGGUGGACUCUCGGCGCUCUAUCUUUAAUGUGGCCAGGAACACCGACAGCAUGGAUACAAGCCAUGCAGCAAGGGUCAAGCAGAACUACCAGCCCAUUGAGUGCACAUAUAGCACACCUCAAAAGGGAUAUGAAGGCAGAAACAACCAGAGGUACAGCCAGGACUUCUCAGACCAGGAGUGUGAAUACCUUGACCGCAGCAGAUGCGAAGACCAACCAUCCUACAUAACUGAGCUCCACCAGGCUCAGCACUCAAUUCAUAUGGUUGAGAGAGCGGAGUUCUGCAGGGUCCCACCGACCCAAACGUACCUUAAUGUCCCAAGAACCAAAGGUCAAGAACCCUGUAGGAAUGCAAAGGUGUCUUUCAUAUUCGGAGAUCCUCCCUUAGACUCUGUAAACCCCCAAAAUCUGGGCUACCAAAGACUGAUGGAUGACAGUUCAGAGAUUAUCGACAAUCACAGCCCAUUAUACAGGCGUCUUGAGGAGGACUACAAGAUGAUGGAUGCCCUAGAAGACGGGGAUGGGUAUCAAUAUUCCACCAAAAUGUUUGAGGAGCCGCUGUUGCAUGAUAUCUGCUAUGCAGAGACAACGGAUGACGCAGAAGACGAGGAUGACAUCAGCUGCGAAGAGGACAUGGUAAUGAGUGACACUGACAAGCCCACAUUGCUCUCGCUCUCAGGGUCCAGUGAUGACAUCAUUGACUUGACCUCCCUCCCCCCGCCACCGGAGGGUAACGAUGAGGAGGACAGUGACGUACUGCUGCACUCUCUAAACCUGGCCAUUGCCGCUCCUCCGCCCGGCUUCAGGGACAGCUCUGACGAGGAGGAGCAGCAGGAAGCUGGGAGUCAGGCCCAGGGAGGCUGCAACGAUAUCCCCGUGUCUCUCAUAGAUUCAGUCUCGGCCCACAGAGCUCAGAGCCAGGGGGAGCCCCUCGAUGAAGCUGUCGUAUCCACUUUGCAAGCACUGGAGGCCCUUGCUGCAUCUGAGGAACCCGCACACCCUGAGAACAGCACAGGUGUAGAAAUAUCACGAGCAUUUAGUCCAGAGUCCUCAGAUUCCGGCAAUGAGACAAAUUCAUCCGAGAUGACGGAAAGUUCAGAACUGGCCACCGCUCAAAGACACUCGGACCACCACUUGAGAAUGCAUGUAGCAGUGACGGACGGUUACCAAGCCAUGAAUGAUGAAAAGACAGAGGGACUGAGUUCAAGUGGAGCCAGGACUGCGCAGGACGAUCAGGGUGAGGACCUGAAAUCUGCUCCCACUGCCUCCUCCCAGCUUUUCCACUCUGACGGUGGUGAGAUGGAGCCAGAGACCAUGGAAAUAAAAUCCGUGAGUGAGUACUUCACUAAGAUGCAUAUUGGCUCACUUAUGAGCAGACACAGACCAAAGGAGGGGGACUUGGAGAACCGAACACAACGAGACACCUGUGACCGCUCAGAAAGAUCGCAUGUAACUUCCCAAGAGCUUGCUAAAGAGGAACCUCUGCAUCUCGUUGGGAAGUAUAACACCUUCACAGUGAGGGAUUCCUAUUACGUCAAUCAGCUAGAUCUGGGGCGAACUCCCCUCAAAGACCGCCAUCAAAAAUGGCUGCACAGAACGGCAGAAAACAAAAUGGACGAGGAUCUUUCACCAGAAUAUUUGAAUGAGUCACAGGCCUCCCACACAGACAGGUUGACAGUGAAGGGAGCGAAAGAGGACUCAGAUGAAAGAAGCCAACCGUUAAACGCCCAACCCUGCUCUCCCUCCAAAGGACCGGAGGGCGUUGAUGCUUCACGGGACGGUGAGCAGCAAAUUAAGACGACGUCAUCGGAGCAAGAUGUCACGAGGGUAUACGAAUACCACUUGAGCAAGCGUCUGUCAUCCUUGCACAGCGAGGGGGCUCAUUCUCUCCAAAGUUCUCAGUGUUCCUCUAUCGAUGCCGGAUGUAGCACGGGUAGUAGCAGCUGUGUCACACCAAUGGACUCGCCCCUUUGUGUCACAGACAACACGCAUGUACUGACCGAGUCCUCGCUGAAGGGGCUGAGUUACGUAACUUGCGCUGAGGAAAAGGCCUAUAUUCCCCCGGCGGCCCAAAAUAAGGAACCCACGCAACUGAGGAAGACCAAGGGAAUGACCAGUGCGGAUUCUGGAAUUGGAAAUAGCCGAGACAGCGGUCACAGAUUAUCAAAGAUCAAAGAAACCACAGCCUGCGCACAGCAGAGGACGCUUGGAGAAGAGACUUCUUUAGCGGUCUGUCAUGAGACCAGUAACACCAACACAGUCAUGUCACCAUCGUUAUUAGCAAGCUGCACAGAGUCCAGUGGGCUAACAUGGGCCAGACCUGACUCCAACCUAUAUGCCCUGUCUUCCCCAUCUUGCGGACCCUCAUGUGACCUUCUUAAAGGCAGCCUCAGGAAGUCACGUAGGGUUCCGAUACGCAGGAGAAGCUGGAGCGCCAUAAUGCCGGGCUCCAGGAGCUUUGAGGCAUUGUUAGAGAGGACCAAAGCCACAUUCACAGGGAAGAGCGCCGGUCAGAAAUUGGAGUCACAACAUCGCUCAAAAGCUCAGCGCAUAUUGUAUACGAAAACUAUCCCAAAAAGUCUGUCACAUGGUUUGGUCACUUUAAAUUCAGCAUGCGGAAGGGGGCCAGAGUCAGCAGCAGCACGGUUGGAUGCAGGUGCAUGGAGAUGUCGUAGGCCGGUUAGUUGCUGCUUCAUUUGGAGACAGAAGAACACUGAGCAUGAUCCCUGCCAGCUCAUGUUCUCUGCCGGCUCAACUGGCGAUAAGGCGAAACAGAGUAACGUGGCUGAAAUGAGUCUGGAGGAGAGGUUGGCUCAUGUGAAUUCAAUGAAGGGAAAAACCUACAGCCUCCGUACGGGGUUUGCACUUGCACGGACGGACGCCUUAGAGAUGGUUAGCUUGCUCCGUUCCAGCCACACGUCUAGAGGUAAGAACGCGGAGGCUGGCCACGCCGACACCGAGUCGUUCUCUCAGCUGCUCGUCACGCAGGCUAAAGUACUGAGCGGCGCUUGCGGUCAGAUGGCCGCAGAGUACGGCAGCCCGGAGGAGUUGCUGCUCACGCUGACGCACAGUUUCCACACACUCUGCUGCCUCACGCAGGCCUGCAUGUCCCUCGCGGAAGGUCUGGGCAGCGACACGCAGCGGCGCAAGGUGGUAGCCAAGGUGGAUGACGUAAUCAUCAACUACGUGUAUCUGCUGAAAGCAGCUGAAGCGUCUUUGGCCAGCUCCCCAGAAGACCCGCGUGUGAGGGCACUAAUUCAUCACUCUGCCAACAUGUCUGCCAUCAUAGACACACUAAUCCACGUAAUGCCAACACUGUGCAACAAAUAAAGUAUCCAAAUUACUGAUUUUAAAGCCAUAACAUAAGAGACAUGGGUGUAACUACCGAUGUGAAUUGCUGUGAGAAAAAAAGAAAAAUAUUGCCUUGUAUACACUAUAUUUUAUUAAUGUAAAAAUAUCGGAAUCAGAGAAUUUUAGAAAGAUUUGAGCCUUCUAAGAUGAUGCACACAGACCUCCACCCGAGUAUUUAAUAAUAUAUAAUGAGAAAUAUUUAAAUUAUGUAUUGGUCGUAUGAAAGACUCGUCAUAGUUAAGUUGUUUUGUAAAAAGUACAAAUAUCUAAUAUGUUGGAGAAUUACUCUGUAUAGCAGCAGACAAAUCAUUGCACAGGACUCAAUUUAAUGAAAAGAAUGCACUUUUUUCAUUUGAUUACAUGAACACUGUAUACACCUUCCUGUCUUUUUUUUCUCGUUUUGAUCUGUUUGGGUCCGCAUUAUUAAAACUUUAAAAUACCUCAAAACAAGACUCUAACGUGUACUUUUGUGUACAACCACACCACACUGUCCCAUUUAGUAUGCAUGUGCACAUGCACAUUUAUAAUGUAUUCUUUUUUUUUUUUUCUGAGGCGUCACG